CGACAAGGGAAAACAAAUUAAAGUCAUGACGUUUAACAUUCAUAAAUUGAUAAGAAUCCUUGUGUGGUUGCUUGUAGUACACGUCACCGUGGUCUCCUACGCCGGGAGGUCACAUUUUGUCACAACGGAGCUGAAGAUACGAAAUGGAAUGCAAGGCUUGAAACGUCCAGAGAUCGUUUACCACUGUCAUGCUAUAAAUAGUGGCCUUGAUUAUGGAUGGCGACGAGCCACAAAGCCACCAUUGGGCCAUUCCUUCCAUGUACUCUUGGAAGGCGGCGAAAAACUAGAGGAGGAGAUUCACCGCUGCCAUUUUCGGUCAGUGCUCGGUACAGCGGAUGUCGAUAUCCGUAUGACCGCGAUUGAUGCUGAGAUUUGUAAUUUUAAAAAGGCAUGUGCGAUUCAUGAGGUUACACCGGAAGGGAUAACAUUUGAUGGUAAAGAAUGGAAUUUUGAGGAGAGGUAUCCAAGGCUGAUACCAAAGAAAUACCUCGAAGCUAAGUGGAAACCUUGGCCACGACGCACCAGCCGUAGCAGUGGGGGCCAGGGAAGCGGACGUCGACCCUCGGGUUCACAAUGAUUUAGUGCCCAUAAGGCUAAACCAUCCAUAUGGAUCAUUGUGGUUUCAAAGGGAGAACUUUGUUAAGAAAUUUCUGAUGAACAU